AAAGAAGAAGAUAGAGGAGGAGGAAUGGGAAAUUCCAAUUCAUCUACCGUAAAUCAACGAUUCACUUCGGCUUGCAGAGCUUUUACUCAGAAGAAGCUUGAAGAUCUCAAAUCACUCUUCGUCUCUCUCGCUUCUCAAUCUCAGAGCAAUGACUCAUACGUCUCCUACCCCGUUUUCCAGGCCUACUUUGGUCUGAGUGGUUCUUUAGGAGAAAGGAUGUUUGAUAUGGUUACUCAACACAGGAAAGAUGGUAAAUUGACUUAUGAAGAUCUCGUUAUUGCUAAGGCAACCUAUGAGAAAGGAACUGAUGAUGAGAUUGCUGAGUUUAUUUACCAGACUUUAGAUGUCAAUGGCAAUGGGGUUUUGACAAGGUCAGAUUUAGAGAUGGUUCUGUUGGUGGUUUUCAAGAGUGUCUUCUCCUCCACUACUGAGAGCUCUGAUGCUUCGGAAACAAGUGAUUACAAGGAGAUGGUUGAUGCGCUUCUCAACGCUGCUUCUUUCUCGAAACCUGGUGAUGAUGGUUCUGAUAAAGGAAUGUCUUUUGAGGAUUUUAGAAGCUGGUGCUCACACGUUCCUACUGUAAGAAAGUUUCUUGGAAGCUUGCUUACACCACCGAGUCCAGCGAGACCUGGAUACCAAGUCCCGCGUCUGCUUUAUGAGGAUAGUGUGAACUCAAAUAUACUAUUGUUGAAGAAGGAAUACGCUUGGCAUAUUGGAGGAGCUCUUCCUCACCACGAGCUUGAAGAGUGGAAACUGCUGUAUCACAGUUCUUUACACGGUCAAAGCUUUAACACAUUCCUCGGUCACACAGCAAACACUGGUAUGUCUGCAUCAGUGUUAAUCAUUAAAGACAGAGACGGAUGUGUGUAUGGAGGAUACGCUUCUCAACCAUGGGAGAGGCACAGCGAUUUCUAUGGAGACAUGAAGUCUUUUCUUUUCCAGCUUAACCCUAAAGCAUCUCUUUUCCGACCAACUGGAGCCAACACAAACAUUCAAUGGUGUGCAACUAACUUCACAUCAGAGAACAUACCAAACGGCAUAGGAUUCGGAGGAAAGAUCAAUCACUAUGGUCUGUUUAUAUCGUCGAGCUUUGAUCAAGGGCAGACGUUUUCCUGCACUACAUUUGGUAGCCCUAGUCUCUCUAAGACGAGCAGGAUACAACCAGAAGUGAUAGAAUGCUGGGGGAUAGUUCAGGCCUCUAACGAGCUUGACACACAACAUAAUGCUAUGAAAGGUACUGUCCUAGAGAGGUUCAAGGAAGAUCGCAACUUGCUUAAACUAGUCGGCAUGGCAAGUAGUUCAAAUGAGUGAGAGAUUCAAUGAGUGUUUCCAUUAAUACAGUGUGCGUCUGUGUGCCUAAUAUAUACUUCAUGUAUCAUAAAGAGUGUUGCAUAAUUCACAUAAAAACCAUAUAAUAAAACUGUUUCAUUGAAUAAUAAAUAGCUUAGAGAUUCA